UUAGACCCCAUCUCUCCCAAAUAAAUCCUUUCGCACCUCGCUUCUUUUCAAUACGCUGUAGCAUUGUCAAGUCUGCACCGCAGGUUGUUGUUUGCAUCAAUUUCACCAUGGCAACCACUCAACGCUUAGUGGAAUAUUAUGARUUUAUUAUGGCCAAGGGAGAUCCAAGAACACAUGAAUGGCCGAUGAUAGCCACACCCUGGCCGACGCUUUGCCUUAUGACCUUGUACUUAAUCAUUGUUAAAGUUGGACCRAAACUGAUGGAAAACCGUAAGCCAUGGGAAUUGAAAGAAGUCCUGGUUGUCUAUAACUUUGGUCUGGUUUUACUAUCUGCGUACAUGUUAUAUGAGUUUAUUGCAUCAAUCCUGAGUAUGCCKGACUUCAACUUGUGGUGUGAAAUAGUCAAGUAUGAAGAUGAUCCAAGACUUCUGAGGUUGGCUAGAGUAAUAUAUAUCUACUACCUUUCCAAGUUUGUGGAGUACUUUGAUACAUUUUUCUUCAUCCUUCGUAAAAAGAACAACCAAGUAACCUUCCUUCAUGUCUACCAUCAUGCAACUAUGUGUUUAUUAUGGUGGAUGGUGUGCAAGUGGAUUGCUGGUGGUCUUUCUUACUUUGGUGCAACCGUCAAUAGUUUCAUUCAUAUCAUCAUGUAUCUAUAUUAUGGUCUGUCCGCUAUGGGACCUACUGUCAGGAAGUAUCUUUGGUGGAAGAAGUACUUGACCAAAAUGCAACUGAUUCAAUUCUCAUGUGUUGUGGUACACACUAACUACGGCAUUCAUCUAAACUGUGGCUUUCCAAACGGUUUUCUGUGGCUUCAAUCGGCCUACAUGUGUAGUCUAGUAGCUUUGUUUCUUAAUUUUUACAAAAAGGCUUAUCUAGAGAAAAAGAAAGAACAGUAGCUAGGCCAGCCUUGUCAAACAAAACCUUAAAUGAUGAUUAGAAAUCAGUGACACAUGUAAUAUAUGAUCGUACUUCUAAGGCCUGGGUCGAACGUCGUACUUUAUUUGUGCCGUACUUAAACGUCGAACUCACACACCAAAAUAAUGUAUUUUAUGAAAUUUAUGGAUUCAAACUGUCUAUGGAUUUUUAAUUCAAAUAAUUGACUCCCGCUCAAGUUAAGUUCGACGUUCUACCCAGACCUUAUACGUGGACUAGCGAGGUUUUGGAAACUGUCUUGAUGACUUCUUGCAUUGUUGASUGAUUCUCAUAUAUCAUACACUGAAAUGGCUUCCCGCGCUGGCACUUAAAUGGUUUCUAGCAAAUAGACGGUCAUUUCAGUAAUUUCUUUCUUUGAUUAUUUUUCCAUUGAUCUAUCCCAUACAUUGCAGUUGCAUGGUUUUCUGCAUUUGCAUGGCUUUCUUGCAUGUGGACUGCAUUUAAAUGGCUUCAACGGUGUUUGUWGUCUCUGCACCCUCAUAGAAUUGGUUUCCAAAUCCUCAUGAACUCUUUAUAGAAAUUGAUUUGGGUUAAACCUGUGAAUACAUUACAUAACUUAUUCAAAGACAUAUCCGAGAAGAGCUAUUAUUUGUAUAUUUGAUAUGAAAAUAAAGCUAUCUGAACUUUA